CGAGCGCUACGUUUCAGUAACCAUAGCAACCCUUGGAGUUUCUAUACGGCGGUACAUUGAGAAAGCCGUAAGACAAAAAUUUUGGAAGUCUUUUCCACGCUUGUAUAACCCGUUACUCUGUCCAUACCUCAGACGUAGUUGACGAACGAUGGACGGAAAAGAGAGAGUGCAGUCAGCUGCCGCGUUCAAGUCUUAUAUGUUGAAAAACAGCACGAAAAGCAACCUGAACCUUUUUCCAUCAUCUGAUGAUCUCUGAUGAUCCCUCGGGAUAAAACCCCCAUAGAUGGUGGUCUCAUUAGUAGAUGUAUGCUCACGGCAUCCUGAGCCACAGCCACUGGAACUGGUGUCUGUGACUUAUUCAGUGACACAAGAGCUUCUUUUUCACACUAAUUAAAGGUCCUGGCUACAUUUUUGCAUGUUAACUAGUGUUGUGCUGCCCGUAUGAGUUGCCAGGGGAAAUGCACCUUUAGAGUUAUGACCACCUCACUCGCUUGUUGAUGAAGUUGAUGGAUGAGCAGCCACAUAAUGCAGUGGAUGUGAUAGAGGAUAUGAGCAGUGAUGUAAAACGGGGUUUGUUAGAAGAGAUGCAGAGCACUCUGCAAGAUCUUCCAGAGACUACAGCUGAUGCGGAGCUGGCUGAGCAACAGCGCCUGCUCUUUACUCGCCCAAAAGAUGUGGAUCAUGAGGAGGAACUGGUGGAAACACCUCUUCCUAAUGUGAGUGAGUUAAGCUUCUACCUGGAGCAAGCUGGAGUGGGUUUGGGCAGAGAUGAGAUGCAGAGAAUUUUUCUUGCUCUCAAGCAGCUUGUUGAGUCACAGCCGCUGUUGCACUGCCGACUAUGGGGCAAGAUUUUGGGAACAGAGAACAGCUAUAUUGUUGCUGAAGCUGUUGUUGAAGGGGACGACCAUAGCGUCAAUGAACCAGCUGAAGAAGAGGAGCGAGAGGUUGAUACUCAGGAGAAUGAGAUAGAUCAACUUCCUCAGUCGACCUAUAAACCCCCAUCAGUUGUGCCAAAGGAAGCCACAGGAACAGGUGCUAAUAAGUUUGUUUACUACGUGUGCAAUGAGCCUGGUCUCCCUUGGGUAAAGUUACCUUCAGUCAGUCCUGCACAGGUCACUGCUGCUCGACAGAUCCGCAAAUUUUUCACUGGGAAGCUGGACACCCCAAUUGUGAGCUACCCACCUUUUCCUGGGAAUGAAGCUAACUAUUUACGAGCACAGAUUGCCCGAAUCUCUGCUGGCACACAGGUAAGCCCUCAAGGCUUCUACCAGGUUCUAGAGGAAGAAGGUGAUGAGGAAGAUGAAGUAUCCCAGAGCAACUAUGAACCAAAUCCAGACUUUGAGGGUAUUCCAGCUGCUGAAAUGGCUGAGUCUUUGUCUAACUGGGUGCAUCAUGUUCAACACAUCUUGCUGCAGGGUCGCUGUACAUGGGUGAACUUGGCAGUAAAACCAGGAGAUGAAUCUAAUGAGGAGGGAGAAGCUGAUGAGAAGGAAGAAGAGCCUGAUGAGCCAGAGCCAGAGGUUGGACCCCCUAUGUUUACGCCCAUCUCCCAAGAUGCAGAAAUGUUCAACACUCCUCCCUGGAGCCUUAGUUUGUCCUCCACACUAACAUCUCAGCAUGCAGUAGCAGUGCUGCGUUCUAACCUCUGGCCAGGCGCAUAUGCGUAUGCCUGUGGAAAGAAGUUUGACAACAUAUAUAUUGGAUGGGGUUUAAAGUAUACUGGAGGAGGGUAUACUCCACCUGUGCUCCCACUGCCACAGAAAGAAUAUCCUAGUGUACCCGAAAUCACAGAGGCCUUGGACCCAUCAUUGGAGGAGGAACAGGCCCUGAAAGAAGCUUUAGAGGAGCAACAGGCUGUCCGAGAGGAAAUGGAGGCGACAGAUGAAGAGGAGGAAGAAGAGGAUGACUGAGUAAAAAGUUGACAUUAAAUUAAAAAGAAAGAAGAUAUGCAUGCCAGUGUCAAAUAAUUAGUUUACUCAUGGACCUUUAAUGUAGUUUAGGAGAAUGCAUUUUAAUAUUUAGAGGGCAGAUGUGAAGUGAGAUGUUGUGGAAAAGUUCAUUGACUCUUUAAUAAAUGUAAUAAAUGGUAUUA